AUGCACUUUCACGUCAAACAUGCAAUCCUCCUGGCGGCUUUCUUCGGCCUGCACUUGGGCACUUCUGUAGGAGCUGAAAGCCCCAAUCAAUCGGCCUCGGAGACUGCGUUGCCGCAGUUUGUUUCAUCCGCCGUGACAACAAAUGAAGCGAGCCCGGAUAUCAUUCCCAGCCUUGACCACACUCCUAGAUUGAACUCCAAGCACAAGGUACCUACUGCAGGUGUGGCUUCAAGCCAGCCGCUACAUGUGAACAACACAGCCUUACCGGGUAAGGUUGUUAGGCCUCUCUAUGAGCGUGCGCCGAGAGUUACUGUGCAACGAUGGAAUGGGCUUGAUGAUGGAACUAUAACCGACCCAACCUUUGUGCGUGAUGUCAGGCCAUCCAUGUUCGGGACAGCAUACCAACACUCCGAAGUUGAUACAUUUGCUCGACAGGGGUAUGAAAGUAUGAAGGGGCAAGACAGACCAAAAAUUCUGGUGGGAGCUCUUUAUAUCCCUGGGUCGGGGGCUUACCUAUGCUCGGUACCAGGUGAGCCCGCCAGGAAGCGCUUCAGAGCAACGGCCCACGAAGUGGCCCCUGCAUGGUGGCAUGUUGUUAAGGACCGCCGACCACGAGACAUAUACCAUGCUGAAGAUUGUACAGCCUACCGAUAUGAAUUAUCACGGACGAACAAGCUUAGUCCUGGAAUGACAUAUCCUGAAGGCUCCUAUUUUGCUGUUUUUGGCGAGCGAGAUGGAAAACAAAGUGCUGAAUGA